ACUUUAUUUAUUCUUUUAGCUUUGGAAGCUUUUGGAAUAACUCUGCUUUUGAAUCCUCAUCCAAAUUAAUUUUGCUUUGUUGUCUGCAAAUAAAAUUCGUUAUGUUCAAGAAAAUCCCAUGUUAGAUAUCCACCUUGGUGGUCUCAUAUCAGCUGAAUUUUGCCCCUUCAAUCAUAAUCUCUUUGAAAUCUCCAACUCUGCUGUCAUAAAUUCUUUCUUUCCUUCUUAGCUUAUGCUCAAACCUCCAACAUUCCAACUGGAGCUUUGCUAAAUUUUAAGGUGCAGGUAACGUGGGAUUGCGUUAAAACAGAUUUCAGAGGACAAUUCCCAUUUUUGCUUGGAGCUGCAAUAUGAGGGACACCGGUAACAUCUCUCAGUACCGAUGUAGAUUGGACCAGACACUAUCGUCUCAGGCUCUUGUCAAUAAUGAUAUGCUUAAGACCCUUGUCAAGAAUCAAAUUCUACGCUCAUCAGAGUGUGAUGCUCAAGAAUGUAGUGAAAAUCUAGUGGACAGAAGAACCAAGGAAGUGGCUAACUUCCUGAGCAUGUUAAGGAGUGCAUCAGUAACUGACGGUGAGAAGUCCGAAUCCUCUGAAGCAUCGAAUGGUGGUUGGAAAAUAAAACAGGAUACUGAGGAGAUCCGUGUUAUGUAUCGAGAGGGACCAGAAGGCACUCCCUAUCACACCCUCCUAGCUGAAGGCUAUGUGGAUGGUCCACUAGAUGUUUGUUUAUGCAUAUCAUGGGAGACAGAACUCUAUAAGAAGUGGUGGCCACAAACUACAAUUCCAACUUUUAAGGUAGCAGUUUCCGAGUGCUUGCAGAAGGUCAGAGAUGGUGAACAAAUAUGUUUAGUAAGGAUGAAGCUUUCAAGGCCAUUGUCAGCAAGGGAGGCUGUGGUACAUCUCUUUGCAUUUGAAUACUUGCAAGAUGGUCUGGUAGUAGUCGUUGCCAAUUCGAUCUCUAACUUAGAUAGUGUUGAUACAAGUACUCAUGGUUAUUCCAAAGAUGGGAUACCCCAUGCGCAAGAUGUAGUACGAGUUGAUCUGGUGGGAGGUUUUGCUCUACAGAAAGUUACUAAUAAUCGGAGCUACUUCAGGACAAUAGGAAACUUGGAUAUUAAACUGGACUUUAUUCCUCCAGUGUUAAUCAAUUUCGUCUCAAGGCAGCUCAUAGGCGGCGGUUUCAAGCUUUAUAAAAAGGAAGUAGCUUCAGUUGCUAAAGGUGAUAAAGACUUCAGCAAGACACUGACGGAUCCAAUGUAUGCUCGAAUACGUGAAGCUAUUUACUCAGAUAACCUACCUAAUAGUGAUGACGCUUCAGAACCGCUAGACCUGAAGAAAGAUGCAGUUCCUCUUGAUGAAAAUCGCCCCGAGGCAAAGGUUCAUAGAGACAAUUGUAUCUUGAAGGCUAGAGAUAAACAUAUUCAUGGUGAAAUCGAGGAGAUUGAAGAUGAAACGUGUGGAAAGAUCGAACAUCAAAAUGAGGAUGAAAGGAAAGUACAUGAUUUUCCAGUCAAUCAACUUGUACAGAAGGCAACCAAGAACAAGAAUGUUGGUAUUAGCGCUAAGGUCAAACAGGCUCUAGGAACUUUGGAGGAGGCUAUUUCUGUCAUAAGGGAAUAUAGGCAUAACCUUGACAUUAUGACUGUUCUCAAUGCUAAUGUGAAGUCAGUAGAAGCUGAGGCAGAAAGUCUAAAAGAUUCAAAAUCAUCUGAUUCCGAUAAUGAUUGUAGAAACAUUCGAGAGUGUGGUGAAGUAACAAAACAGGAAUUUAGAGAAGAAACCUCUUAUGAACACAGAAAUAGCUCUUGUUCCAGGCGCACGAGUUCUAGUUUGUGCACCAGGGAUGCACACCAUAACAAGAUUGCUCCAGAAUCAUCCGAUAUUUAUGCUGCAAUUCCUGAUGAGCCACAACACAUUGCUUUACGCUCGUCAGAUCAAUGGACAGCAGGGAAAAUAAUGGAUAGGAUAUCAAAGGAUGACAAUACGAUGGUUUCCCAUGCAACUGGCAUUCCUGAGAAGGAGAUCAGUGGAAGAAAAAGAAAACUACCGAGAUAUUGCUGCUUGUAUUUUCUUUUCUGGGCAGGUUGUGGCUUAAAAGCGAGCAGCUUUGUUUAAUGAAGACUAUUCACCACAUUUUACCCUUUAUGACUGCUAGAAGAUGUUUAGUCAGAAUAAAAUCAACAACCAGUUUUCUGUGCAAUACAUUAUUUAUGGGUAGAAGGGGAGCCUUGGCGUAACCAGUAAAGUCGUGGUUAUGUGACCUGGAGGUCAUGGGUUUGAGCCGUGGAAACAGCCUCUUGCAGAAAUGCAGGUUAAGACUGCGUACAAUAGAUCUUUGUGGUUAUGCCCUUCCGCGGACCCCGCGCAUAGCAGGAGCUUAGUGCAUUGGGCUGCCCUUGCAUUAUUUCUGAGCAACUUAGUUAGAUAUGAUAGUGUACUUGAACUCAGUUGAAGCAGAAAUGUGAGAACUACAUGUAUA